AUGGAUUCCGGGAAAACACUGUUGUUAUGGAAUGUGGUAAUGGAUUGUGGUUGGGGGGAGUUGCGUGGAGGGGGAAGAAGCAGAUGGUGGUGGCCUCGUGUACCUACCUACCUCGCUCCACCAUGUGGUUUGCGAGGAUAUCGAUGUGCAUAA